UGACAUAGAAGUGAAACAAGAUUUUUAGUUCCGUGUUGAGCCUCCACUAAUAAUGAUCUCCAGCUCAAGCAUGAAGCGCUCGGCUGUUAUAAUCCUGAUACUUAACAGUCUCUGCACUUUUUCACAUGAUCUUUGUCUCUCCCUUUCUUUGUUUUUCAGUGGUCCAUGAAUUUAUCACCAUAGCAGGCUGCUCUAACAAAGACAACACUGUGGUGCAGGUUGAAGUUGAUGGUGAUGAGAUUUUGUAUACAGAUUUUGAAAAGGAGGAAUUUGUUUUCACUGUGCCCAAAUUUGUAAUGUCAGACCCGACUGAAGCAACUAAGGAGAUGGCUGAAUAUAGAAAUGCUAAGAAAUACCAGAGGGCAUGUCCACCAGCUGUUUUGUUAUUCACAGAAGAGGAGAGACAUCCACCAGAACAGAAAGAUGCUCCUGAGACCAUGGUCUAUGCUGCAGAUGAAGUUCAGUUAGGAGUUGAAAACACACUCAUCUGCUUUGUGAAUCAUUUCUACCCACCUUUCAUCGAAGUCACCUGGACUAAAAAUGGUCAGACAGUAACAGAGGGAGUGUCUCUUGGGCGAUAUUACCCCAACAAUGAGCUGACUUUCCACCAGUUAUCCACAUUGACGUUCACACCUGAUGUGGGGGACAUUUACAGCUGCACAGUGGAGCACUUAUCUCUGGAGAGGCCUGAUACAAAAUUCUGGGAACCUGAUUUCAGUCAUCAAAGUCAUGGACCAGACAUUCUCUGUUGGUUGGGUCUGACAUUUGCCUUUCUGGGCGUAGCAGCAGGAACAUUUUUGUUUGUCAAAGGGCAUCAUGUAAGGGGAUGAAUCAAAAUGGCACACAUGAAUUUAACAGAAAUAUAACUAUCAUUGGCUCACACGGUGGUGUAGUGGUUAGCACACCUUGCAGCCAGAAGACCCGGGUU